GCUACCAGUACAGGUUUUGGGUCGCUCGAAAGCCAGCGAUAACAGGCCAACAGUAUAGAGGGCAACGUUAUAUGGUGCAUGUGUCAGUGAAAGAAAAAGUGUACUAAGAAUGAAUCCUAUUAGUUCUAGUGUUACAAAUUUUCAAUCAAUUUUAUAGUGAAAUUAUUAUACCUACAUAUACUACAUCGGAGAGUUUUUUACGUUUUUUUUUGUUUUCGGUGACGAGUAUUAGUGAAUGUGUUUCUACAAAAUAUUGUGAAUAACUCGAGUGGGAACUUCUCACAAAUACUACGACCCAGUGUGAAGAACGACGAAGAAUCUUCAUGAUAAACAUAGGUAUUUUAACCAAUGGGUGGAAAUUGCUCACGUUAUCAAUGCAUACCAGCACCUCGAGCCUAGUCAAGGUCGUCAUAAAAAGCACGCCGAGUUCAAAACGUAAUAACAAAUAAAGAACGUAAACCAACGCCUAACAUCAUUAUUGUUUCUCUAAUCAUUCCACGUAACGUGCACACAUACCACGUAUAUUAUUAUUAUUAUUAUACGUACGAAGUUUCGGUGCAGCACAUUCGACAGACGUAUACGGGCACUGUACACAUAAACACUUCACAUGGUGCGCGAAAGUUUUCGAUAAAAUGGGCAUAUUGUGGUGCUGAUAAUGCGUAUUAGUCAUGAGUUUGAUAAACCAGUUCGCCGUCAAUCUUCAAGAUACCGUUUCAUUUUAUCGAGGCCGACGUCAGUUUAAGGAUUUACUGAAAUACAUUCGCAAACAAGGUCCGACGCAAAGCCCUCAACAAACUACUCGCGAGCUGAACGCGUAUUUAGAUCAAAUCGUAGCCGAUGUCACCGAGCAACUCCGCGUCAAGAAACUAGAAACCAUACCUAUCAACCUAGUUCAAGACCAAUUCGUCAAAAAAUGGAUGGGCCUAACGUUAAAAGGCAACUACGUCGCCAAAAACGGACUAAUAUCGAAUUUAUCCACCGUCCAUCGUAAAGAGCAGUGCGUUUUGGCAGCUGUUAAAAACGAAAGUCGUAUAUUUAGUUUCACAUUGAGCUUGAAACAGGCCAAAAUCGAGUUCGAAAAAUACGAAUUGCAUUGCGGCCCGAUCAAUACGAAUGGCCGAAUAUCCAUCGAAGCCAGAGACAACGCUUUUAACGUUAAAAUAAAUAUACAUUUGAAAAAAAAUACUAAAGUAGAAAGCAUAGACGUGACACGAGCUGAGAUAACUAAAUGUGGUAAUUUCAAAGUUAGCGUUACCGGUUUCGGUAAUUUAGGUGGUAAUAGUAUAGCCAAGAUGAUCAUAAAAUCCAUUCUGAAUAAGCAUAAGAGUGAGAUGAAAGCUAUGUUUGAAAAAGACUUGAAAAUUUAUAUUAAGGAUACGAUUGAAAAAUUUUUAUAAAAUUUUCUACUUAUGUGAAUAUUUUUAUGUCUACUUUUUUUUUGCAUUAUCGAACGCGAUCUUUAUUCUAGUAUUUUUGUACAUUUAUUUCAUUUUAAAUAUACGUUGUAUUCGAUUUUCUUA